AUGGUCGUCUACCACUCGAGCCUCAACGGCACGGAGACCGAGGUUGCCUGCGGCUGUGCGAUCCUGCCCCUCAAGACGAGCAUCCGCGGGCCUGCCGAGUCGGCGGCAGAAGGUGAGGAAGAUAUCGUCGACGAGACGCUCGGUUACUUCAAAGCCAACGUCCUCUUCAAGCACUUUGAG